CUCGCUUGCCGCCGGGCCGCACAUGUGUUUCUGUUUUGUGUUGUAGCAUUUGUUCUGGAAGCUCGUAUUUACAUUUUAAGUGUAUCUGGUGAGUGGGCUGGAGCCCUCGUCCGGGCCGGGGAGAGAAGCAGCGGACGACCCGUCUUUCAGUCGCUCCCUUCCUCUUUUCUCAUCACUCCAACCAGCCCGCGACCAUGCCCAGGAAGAAGGGGGCGGCCUGGGAGGAGCCGAGUUCGGGCAACGGCACGGCGCGCGCUGGGCCCCGGAGGCGAGGCGGCCCCGCGGGCAGGAAGCGCGAGCGGCCCGAGCGCUGCAGCAGUAGCAGCGGCGGUGGCAGCAGCGGCGAUGAGGACGGCCCAGAGCUGGACGGGGCCCCCGGCGGCGGCAAGCGCGCAGCCAGGCCGGCGACAGCGGGCAAGGCGAGCGGCGCGGCCGCGAUUAUCACGGAGCCCGAGCACACGAAGGAGCGCGUUAAACUCGAAGGGUCUAAGUGCAAAGGGCAGCUUUUGAUUUUUGGGGCAACCAACUGGGACUUGAUUGGACGGAAGGAAGUGCCUAAACAGCAAGCUGCUUACCGCAACCUUGGUCAGAAUUUGUGGGGCCCCCAUAGAUACGGAUGCCUGUCAGGAGUCCGGGUGCGAACUGUGAUUUCUGGUUCAUGUGCGGCCCACAGCCUCCUCAUCACCACAGAAGGAAAGCUGUGGAGCUGGGGCCGGAAUGAGAAGGGGCAGCUGGGCCACGGUGACACCAAGAGGGUUGAAGCCCCCAGACUCAUCGAGGCCCUCAGUCAUGAAGCAAUCGUGCUGGCAGCAUGUGGGCGCAACCACACCCUGGCGUUGACAGACACUGGCUCCGUGUUUGCCUUUGGAGAGAAUAAGAUGGGACAGCUGGGCCUCGGCAACCAGACAGAUGCUGUCCCAAGCCCUGCUCAGAUCAUGUACAAUGGGCAGCCGAUUACCAAGAUGGCCUGUGGGGCUGAAUUCAGCAUGCUGAUGGACUGCAAAGGAAACCUCUAUUCUUUUGGGUGCCCCGAGUAUGGCCAGCUGGGACACAACUCCGAUGGGAAGUUCAUUGCCCGGGCGCAGCGGAUAGAGUAUGAUUGUGAGCUGGUACCCCGGCGGGUGGCCAUCUUCAUCGAGAAGACCAAGGAUGGGCAGAUCUUGCCAGUCCCAAAUGUGGUGGUUCGAGAUGUAGCCUGUGGCGCUAACCACACACUAGUCUUGGACUCACAGAAGCGAGUCUUCUCCUGGGGCUUUGGCGGCUAUGGCCGGUUGGGCCAUGCGGAGCAGAAGGAUGAGAUGGUACCUCGCCUGGUGAAGCUGUUCGACUUCCCUGGGCGUGGCGCAACCCAGAUCUACGCUGGCUACACUUGCUCCUUCGCUGUCAGUGAAGUGGGUGGUCUGUUUUUCUGGGGGGCCACCAACACCUCCCGAGAGUCUACCAUGUAUCCAAAAGCAGUGCAGGACCUCUGUGGCUGGCGGAUCCGGAGCCUCGCCUGUGGGAAGAGCAGCAUCAUUGUGGCAGCCGAUGAGAGUACCAUCAGCUGGGGGCCGUCGCCAACCUUCGGGGAACUGGGAUAUGGGGACCACAAGCCCAAGUCUUCUACUGCAGCUCAGGAAGUGAAGACUCUGGACGGCAUCUUUUCUGAACAGGUGGCCAUGGGCUAUUCACACUCCUUGGUGAUAGCUCGAGAUGAGAGCGAGGCUGAGAAGGAGAAGCUCAAGAGGCUGCCCGAGUAUACCCCACGCACCCUCUGAGGCAGGCCGGCACUCCCCUCGUGGCAGCUGUCAUUUCCACGUGCACUGGGACCAGAAGUCAGACAAGGAAUUUAGGAAGCAGAAGUUGACGGAAGGUGCAUUGGAUCGGCCUCCCUGAGGUUCUGUGUCCACGCAAUUGAAUCAACGUUAACUACCUUUUUCUGUAUGCUUUCCAAAGUGUUUUCCCACAAUGUUCAAUUAAAACAUUUGCUCAUAGCCAGCUUGCCUUUCUACAAGACAGGCAGGAGGAACUCUGAGCAAUUUAGGGUUCAUUUUUAUUUUUAUUUUUUAAGUUGUAUUUCUUUUCAACCCCACCC